AUGGUUUCUGGUACAAAUCCAUCUGAUACAUUUUCAAAUGUUAUUCAAGGCAAAGUUGGUAGUGGCUAUAAUUUACCAAAAUAUCCAUGGGCACAAAUUAAAAUUCUACUUAUUUGCAAUAAAGAUGAAUUUGACGAUGAACGACAUAUGCUUUUAACAGAAACAUUACCAAAACUUCAACAAUAUUUUUUAGCACAAGGACUCUAUGUUCUAUUUAAUGAUAUAAAUCUAAAUUGGCAUUUUGAUUUUGCUCAAAAUCCUUAUCAUGUAUUAAGAUUAAUGAAAGAAAUACAAGAUUGUUAUCAUACAUCAUCUGGUCUAUUUUUACUAACAUUUGUUGGAAAUAAAUAUGGCAAUCUUGUUCUACCAGUUGAACUAUCUACAACCGAUUUUAAUAAUAUUAAAAAUCUUGCAAUCGAUUUAGGAAAAGAUUUUAAAUUAUUAGAAAAUUGGUAUAUUCUUGAUGACAAAGUAUCACCAUCUAUAUAUAAACUAAAAAAUCCUGAUGAUGAAUAUAAUCAUAUUUUAUGCAGUGUAAAUGAUAAUCAAGAAUGGCAAAAUGUUUAUACAUCAUUAAUUGAAAUAUUUACUCAAAUUUUAUACGAAAUGCCACCAAAAGAUGUCAAAGAGAAAAUAAAUACUAAAACAAAACAAGAAAUAAAUUCCUUACAAGACAUUCAACUCCUUUCCGGUGUUGAAACAUUAUUUAAUUUUGGUCUAAAACAAUCAACAUCCGGUUGUAUGUGUAUUAUUCGACAAUUUGAUGGUUUAACAGAGAAAAAUAAAGGUUGUGAAGUCUAUUUAGAUAUUAUCAAUAAUAAAAUUGAUAAAAUUCGUCAAGAUAAAUUAAAAAAAUUUCGUGAUAUGAUUAAUACAAAAUUAGAUGAUGAAAAUCGACAAUUACUUAAUUUAAAUUGGAAAGAUAAUGGUUUUCAAAUUGAUGAUAGUGAACAUCAACGAUAUUUAAGAACAUUAAAUGCUGCCAUAUUUUUACGUAUUAAAGUUAUUGUUGAUGAUUAUUUAUCAUCAACAACAACAACUGUAUUUAUACCUGAUUUAAAAUUUCAUGAAUAUUUAUUAUAUGAUGAAACUUUAACACAUUUAUAUCAUUAUCAAUCAUAUGUAAAUCAAACAUAUCUUGGAUUUGAUUCAUUAUUAGAAAAAAUUAAACGUAUUACAUUAAAUGCAAAUAAAAAUGAACAUUAUCCAUUAAUGAUUUUAGGUACAAGAGCAUCGGGUAAAACUUUACUUUGUACAAAAAUAGUUCAAAAUAUAUUAUCACAAUUAGGUGGUAGUAAAAAUGUAUAUUUAAUUGUCAGAUAUUAUAAUUUAACUAAUUCUAGUCGAAAUAUUAAUGAACUUUUAUUAUCAAUUUGUUCACAAUUAAAUUG